AUGGUUAAAAAAGUGGUUUCUUCGUUUACAGAAAUCUCUGCACCGAGGCCAUGUUCUCCCAGUGAACCCCUAGAAGAGGACAGCGUAUUGUUUAACAAACUGACUUAUUUAGGUUGCACAAAGGUGUCUGCCCCUCGAAAUGAACCAGAAGCUCUACGUGCCAUGGCAAACCUGAAAUCCUCAAGUCAUGCCCCUUUACCUGUAACGCUAUAUGUUCCAAACAUUCCAGAAGGCUCUGUAAGAAUAAUAGAUCAGUCAAGCAAUGUGGAGAUAGCCUCUUUUCCAAUCUAUAAGGUGUUGUUUUGUGUGCGUGGACAAAACGGGACUUCAGAGAGUGACUGUUUUGCAUUUACUGAAAGCAGCUGUGGAACAGAAGAGUUCCAGAUUCAUGUUUUCUCCUGUGAGAUUAAAGAGGCAGUCAGCCGAAUUUUAUAUAGUUUCUCAACAGCAUUCAAACGUUCUUCCAAACAAGCAUCUGAUCAUGUUAAGGACUUUGUUCUUCCUACUCCAGAUAGUGAUGUGUAUAUGUUCAGUGUUUCCUUAGAAGUCAAAGAAGAUGAUGGAAAAGGAAAUUUUAGCCCUGUGCCAAAGGAUAGAGAGAAAUUAUAUUUCAAGCUUAAACAGGGUAUUGAGAAGAAAGUGGUGAUUACAGUUCAGCAACUCUCGAACAAAGAACUGGCCAUUGAAAGAUGCUUUGGGAUGCUACUAAGCCCUGGACGAAAUGUGAAGAACAGUGACAUGCAUUUACUAGACAUGGAAUCCAUGGGAAAGAGUUCUGAUGGGAAGGCUUAUGUAAUUACUGGAAUGUGGAAUCCUAAUGCACCCAUGUUUCUAGUACUUAAUGAGGAAACUCCUAAAGAUAAGCGUGUUUUCAUGACUGUGGCAGUGGAUAUGGUUGUUACUGAAGUAGUAGAGCCAGUCCGGUUUUUGCUGGAGACUGUUGUGCGUGUGUAUCCUGCCAAUGAACGCUUCUGGUACUUCAGCAGAAAAACCUUCACAGAAACUUUUUAUAUGAAGCUAAAACAGUUUGAAGGAAAAAGCCACACAAGUGCUGGAGAUGCAAUUUAUGAAGUUGUCAGUCUACAAAGAGAAUCUGCAAGAGAGGAAGAAUUGGUCAGCCCAGCAAGUGGAGGAGGGCCUACAUCAUCCCAGGAGGAUGAGGCAGAAGAAGAGAGUGAUAAUGAACUCUCCAGUGGCACUGGUGAUGUGUCAAAGGAUUGUCCUGAGAAGAUUUUGUAUUCCUGGGGAGAAUUACUGGGGAGAUGGCACAAUAAUCUUGUUGUGAGACCAAACGGAUUAUCCACCCUGGUGAAAAGUGGUGUUCCAGAAGCACUGAGGGCAGAGGUUUGGCAGUUGCUGGCAGGAUGCCAUGACAACCAGGCAAUGCUGGAUAAAUACAGAGUUCUCAUCACAAUG